UUGGGAACUGCGAUACCGGAAGCUCGACACGCCAUUUCUGUCCAGAUUCCGACAUGGCGAGACAUGUGUGGACUUGGUGGGGGGGAUUUACGGGUGAUGAAGGCACUGCGGAACGGCUAUCCGCGGUCAUUUCUCCACCAAGAUAUACGAAGACUCAAUGAACACUGUCAGCGAGAUUUAGACACCACCGAUAUGCUUCUGCUGUUCCCUAGUGAGUUGCAUGCGUCUGCAUGCAGGGAAUAUCUUGUGAAGCACAAGGGUGCCAAGAAUGUCCGACUGGUAGCGCGCCAAUUCGGGAAUGAAGCCAUGUCCGUUCACCUCUGGGCUACUGUGUUUCCCGCGGACCUCUCAGUGGCUGGAGCACUGUUCUGGCGCCUGACAGGUACGGGUAUUUCAUCCCGUUUAGCGGAGAAAUGUCUCACGCUCAAGGAUAUGACUGACCACGUGGGCCAAUCCUACGCGGCGAUCCCUCUCGGCCCCCUGACGCCAGCGGGAGCGGGAGUGAGAGCGGGAGCGGAUUUAGCCCCGCUAGUUUCUCCAUACCAGGUCAUCCAAGGUCGCAUCGCUGGGUUCCUUCGCAUCUCAGACCCUAGCGAUGUAUUCUUGUAUCCUUCCGGAAUGUCAGCAAUUUAUCACCUACACCACCUCCUCCUACAAUGGCGCGGACUAGCCAGCGCCAUCAUUGGCUUUCCCUACGAACUGACAAUCAAAAUGCUCCAGACAUACGGUCCAGGGCUGCAUUUCUAUAGCAUGGGAACAGAUGCCGAGAUUGACCGAUUCGAGACCGACCUGGCUCAAGGCAUCAAAGUGCAGGCAGUAUGGUGCGAAUGUCCGUCCAAUCCACUGUUGUGGACAGUUGACCUAAGCCGAGUUCGUCGACUUGCAGACCGGUUCGACUUCCUUGUAAUCGUGGAUGACACCAUUGGUACAUUUGCCAAUGUCAAUGUCAUGCCAGUCGCCGAUGUUGUUGUAACUUCUCUUUCGAAGUCAUUCAAUGGAUUUGCCGACCUUCUAGCCGGUAGCCUGACCCUCAACGCAGCCUCUCCGCAUCACGAAACCUUGAAAAAGUCACUCGUAUCGUCGUACACAAACAAUGUGUACAUUGACGAUGCAAUACAACUCGAGCAUAACAGCCGGAACUUCUUGCGCAGGCAGUCUAUCCUCAAUACUAACGCAGCGUAUCUAGCUGACUAUGCGUAUCCUUUGACUAAGGACCCUUGCAGCGUGGUAAAGGCAGUGUACUACCCGAAAGUCAGUCCAUCGGCACGUUACUACGAGGAGCGCAUGUGGGAACAGGUGGAUGACUUCACACCAGGAUAUGGCUGCCUACUUACCAUAGACUUCAAGACAGUCGCCGCUGCCGUAGCGUUUUUCGAUAACCUGCACGUCCUGAAAGGGCCAUCGCUUGGGCUGCACCACACUCUAGCUCAACCAUACGUGCAGAUGGUUCUUCAGAACGAGAAGCAAUGGGCAGCAAGCCACGGUAUUAUGGAGACGAUCGUUCGGAUCUCUGCAGGUCUAGAGGACAAGGAGACUUUGUUAGGUCUUCUACAAGUAGCAUUGAAAGCUGCUCAA